ACCGCGCUCACAACCACACUGGUCUGAUCUCUCGGCGUGUUUUACGCGCGUAAAAAGUUUCCCAACUAUUCAAAAAGUUUCGAUCGCGAUAUCAACACGCCUGUUUAACUAUAUUUUAAGUUGAAGCGAAAAUUAAUAAAAGCUUAACUUAAUUAAAGUUUUGUUUCGUUGUAAGAUUAGUAAGUGAAGUUUUGUAUACACUUUGGUUUCGUUAAGUUAUGGUAGUUCCUAAUGGGAUGUACGGUUGGUGACGUAUGGGCGCGCAGCCGGUUUCCUGAGGCUGUCAGCUUGAUGCUUCUUCAGGGUGAGGGCCGGGAGCGGCCAACCAUGGACGGAGACUGCUCCGCAAGGCCUUGCGCCACUGACUUCUCCAUUGCAGCCAUCAUGGCAAGAGACAGACAAGAGAGACGCGAGAGGAGAAGACAUAGAGAAUCAAGAGACGAUACUUUGACUCCACUUGAAAAAUUCGUGGAUGCAGCAGCCACAUCAUCAAUAACUCCAUCACCGCCGCUCCCAGAAUACGAACGGGACUCCCCCGUAGACGUGUCCUCCACAUCAGAGGCCGGGUCCAUGAGUGGAGGACCCACCAGCUCCCGAGCUGUCACCCCGACACCCAGAAACCCUCAGCUGGCCGAGCGCUGGUCCAGUGAAGAGAUGAGGCAUAUUCAAUGUCAUUUAGAAACUAAAGAGCUGUGGGACAAGUUUAAUGAACUGGGCACGGAAAUGAUUAUCACCAAGACUGGAAGACGCAUGUUCCCGACGGUGCGCGUUUCAUUCGCGGGCUGCCGCUCGGAGGCGCGCUACGCGGUGCUCCUGGACGUGGUGCCGGUGGACGGCAAGCGCUACCGCUACGCGUACCACCGCUCCUCGUGGCUCGUGGCCGGCAAGGCGGACCCGCCCGCCCCCGCGCGGCUCUACCCGCACCCCGACUCGCCCUUCUCCGGGGACCAGCUGCGCAAGCAGGUCGUCUCCUUCGAGAAGGUCAAGCUCACCAACAACGAGAUGGACAAGAACGGACAGCUUGUGCUAAACUCGAUGCACAAGUAUCAGCCAAGGAUCCACCUAGUGCUGCGAAGAGAGGGCGCAGUAAACGCCCCCAUAACCGACCUCGAGCAAGAAGAGUUCAAGACCUUUAUCUUCCCCGAAUGCGUGUUCACAGCAGUAACAGCGUACCAGAACCAGCUUAUCACAAAACUUAAAAUCGACAGUAAUCCAUUCGCGAAGGGAUUCCGCGAUUCAUCCCGCCUUACUGAAUUUGAAAGAUUCUAUAUCACUGGAGAGCACGAAAGGUCGACAUUCCCCGAUGACACGCGCUUCAGCGCCUCAAACUAUAGAGAGACAAUGGAGUCAAUGUUGGCGGAACAGCACUACCUGAGGUCACCUUUACGACCGUUUGAUAUGGAUCAACAUAACAAUAACUUGACAUUGGAAGAGAAGGCUAUACUGGCAGCUCGAUCGCAGCUGUUCCUAAGAGCUGCGUAUCCGUUGUAUGGAGUGCCAGCGGCUGCUUUGUGGGGUCAAUGGGCUUGUUUAGCCCCGCAGUUACUAGCGCAACAGCACCUAGCGUCUGGGUCAGGGUUACAGUUGCCCCGGCCGGUGUACCCCGGUGGUGUCCCGGCUCAGUUAUCACAGCAUCGCUUCUCGCCGUACCCUCCUCGCAGAUCCUCACCAGGGUCUUCGCCAGACUCACUCCGGGACCCCAGCCCUCAUCCCCUCACACCGCACCCUCCACAUACGCCACACAGUCCAACCUAAGACAAGAUAAAGAUAAUUUUAACAGGAUGAAAUCUUCUACGUACCUACAAUAAUUAAAAUGCUAAUAUUUGGUAUGUUUUAAUUUAUUAGAAUACUUUGUAUAUUCUUGUACUUGAGAAAUUUAAUUCCACAUUGUAAUCAUAGGUGUAGCUAAAGAUGUGAUAAUAUAUACCACAUUUAUAUUUUGAUUUCUGAAAUAGUAACAACAUAAUAUAUUAUAUACUGAUGAUAUUUUUUGAAAAUCGAAUAAUCUUUUUUUUUAUUAUAAAUCUGAUAAACAUAUAUGUUUGAAAACCCAGACUGAAUUCUAAGUAUUCAAUUUCUUUGUGAAUCCAUUUUUUUUUAUUAUAAUUGAUUGAUGCGGUAGUUGUAUUUGGAUGCCUCUACGACGUAUCACCAGGUUCGUAUGAGAGUAAAUUAAAAUUUGCUUGACUUAAAAAAAUGUAUUCAACCUUGUAACCUUUCAGUUUUUUUUAUUAAAAAACUGCUACAAGUAGUGAGAAGAAGAAUUACAUGAAAUUAGGAUCGCGCGUUGCGAUCAUGAAAUAAUGUAUUAUAUUGUAACAUAAAUAACCUAUAGUAUUAAUAAUUUAAGUCUGUAAUUAUUUUGUUAUCAUAAGUUCCUAUUAAUUUCCUGUAGUUAUAUUUUAAUAUUUAAUUUAUGAAAUAGGCAAAUAAAAUAAAAUAUUUCGGUGAUUAAGACUUAGAGUACAUAUUAUUUAUAAAAUUAACUUGUCUCAAAUGAUCAUCGCUAAAAGAACUGUGCAAUACAACAAGUGUAGAAUAUAGAGGUUGUAGUUUUAACUAUGUAUUAUAUAGAUAGAAAAAUAGUUUUAAGUGCUGUGGUAAGAAUGUUCCAAGUACAUUAAAACCUUUAUACUUAGAUGAUUUAUACAUCUAGAUAGACUGUGGCAGCUGUGAAAACGUCGAAAAAUUGGACUGUUAACAUCGAUUUUGAGCAAUACUCCACGCACUAAUACGCACACUAGCACAAAGUGUCAUACAAAUCACAAGUGUAAGACGUCACGUGUCACGCAGACUAAGGUAAUAAACCUGGCCUGUUUUCAUGCAUUGCCUUACAGAAAGAGGCUCUAUCUAAAUGUGUAAAUUAUCUAAACCUUUAUAAUUAUUGACUACUGGACGCAACCCAGUUAUUUUGUAGUUCAAGUUAAUAGUUAUCUUAAAUAAUAUAUUAAUAAAAUCCAAAUUAAAUGUUUGUUAAAGCAUAA